AUGGAGAGUCUGAACAUUUUGGUCCGUGACAGCCUAUUCGGUCGGCUGCUCAACUAUGCGUCGAAGGACCGCUUCUUCUCCUAUAAUGGAUCUAAAACCCUUAAAGAUGAAGACUUCCCAAGCCCAGACCCCCAGGGCUGGAUCAUAGUAGGCUUCGUUGGCCCUGAUGAUCCAGAUAUCCCUCGAAACUGGCCCACGCCGUCAAGGACGGUCGCUGGACUCAAUGUAUUGCUCUUGAAUUUCAGUUUCUAUGCAGCAUCGGCACUCUUUACGCCAAGUAUCUUGGGUAUCGAAGAAGCAUUCGGGGCUACCACCGCUGAGGGCACACUGGGGCUUUCGCUCUUUGUUAUUGCAUACGGAAUUGGGCCUCUUAUUCUUUCUCCUCUGUCAAACCUGUCAACCAUCGGGCGUUCGCCGGUAUAUGUGCUUAGCUGCCUUGCUUUCUGCUUGCUCAACAUCGGAAUGGCUCUGGCAAAAAACGUACAAACUGUUCUGGUACUACGCUUUUUGGGGGGCUUCAUCGGAAGCACGCCCAUCAGCGUCGGUGGCGCCUCGCUCAUGGAAAUAUACAGGCCAUCUGAGAUUCCCUACGCAAUUGCGUUGUACGCAGUUAGCGGAGUUUGCGGGCCUAUUCUGGGACCGAUCCUUGGAACCCUUGUAAUAAAGCGUUGGAAAACCUGGAGAGCAACGCUCUGGCUCCUUUCCGGCAUCACUGCCUUCACGACCAUAUCUACUUUCUUCUUUCUACCUGAGACGCUGUCCUCGAAUAUCCUUCUACGACGAGCAAAGCGCCUUCGCGAGCAGACGGGCAAUCCUGCGUACCAUACUGAAGCUGAAAUCCAAUCACCGAGCGAAUAUCUUGCUCUACGCAUUGUUAAGGACAUGGGCAACGAUAUCAAGCUUGCCUGUCUGGACCCAGUCAUUCUAUUUGUCAACGUGCACACAAUGCUAGUUUACGGUGUCCUGUACCUUUGGUUUGAGUUCUUCCCGUUCGUCUUUAACGGCAUUUAUCAUUUCACCGCAAUUCAGCAAGGCCUUGCCUUCUUCGGUAUCCUCGUUGGAGCAUCGAUUUCGGUCGUUGCAUACGUUCUGUGGUUAUACUUUUCCUACCAGCCACGAGUGGCAAAUGCAAAUAUCGUUGUCGAGCCAGAGGCUCGCCUAGUUCCUGGACAAAUAGGGGCUGUUUGCAUUCCAAUUUCCCUGUUCAUCUUUGCAUGGACAUCCCGAGCAAGCGUACACUUUAUCGUUCCGAUUAUCGGAACAGCAUUCUUUGCACCGGGCUUCUACCUCACCUUUCAAUCCGUCCUCAAUUACCUAGGCGAAUCCUAUCCGCGCUAUGCGGCAAGCGUAUUUGCCGGUAACACUUUCUUCCGAAGUUCGUUUGGAGGGGCGCUCCCACUAGCUGCACCACGCAUGCUAAAUGCACUUGGAAUCGGAUGGGCCUCGAGCAUACUGGGGUUCAUCUCCGUUGCUAUGGUAUCCUUACCUUUUAUUUUACAACGAGUAAGUUUGCUGCUAGGACUGCGUUCUGUUGUGUUCAAUUAG